ACAGUGGUGACAACAUGACGGAGUCGCCAUGUAACGUCAGUAACACAUGUGACGGGGAGCUCCAUGUCGACGACGUCAUCAGCACAGCGGGGCUCGGUGCAGCGGUGACCUACUUCACGUUGGUGUUUCUAAUGUCCCUCCUCUGUAACGGUACAAUCUGCGUGGUGUUCUACAAGAGGCCACAGCUCCUGACAGUGUCCAACAGCUUUGUCCUGAACCUCACCUGCUGUGAACUUGGUCUGUCCAUUUUAAUCAUGCCGUUCCUGAUGCUGUCCCUUGUGUCCCAAGAGUGGGUCAUGGGCGACCUCUGGUGUCGAAUUCAGGCGUAUCUUCUGACGGUGCUCGUCAUCGCCCUGCAGUACUCCCUCCUCAUCAUCUCCGUGGACCGCAACUACGCCAUCGUCAACUCCCUCCGCUACCCCUACGUCUUCUCCCCCCGUCUCGGCAAUCUCCUCAUCGCCCUCACCUGGCUACUAGGCUUUGCAUUUGGCAUGCCGCCAUUGUUUACAUACGGGGAACUCUCCUAUCAGCGUACCCAGUUCGUGUGUGGAAAUACUUGGGAGGCUGAGAGCAAAUACAGUAUAUUCUUUAUUCUUGCUGCUUUCCUGUUACCGUUUAUUGUUCAGACGUGCUGCUAUUUGAGCAUUUUCAAAGCAGCAAUCAAACACACAAAAGCAGCUAACAGGAUAUAUCCAUCUGUUGGAAGCACUAGCACCACCCAGGAUAUCUCCAUCGUGGCCACCAUUGAAAUUGACGAUGUCACAUCUCGUGUGCCGAGAUCUCGGAGGACAGAGUGUAAGGCGGUGAAAACAAUUCUGAUCAUUUACGGAUCUUAUGUUAUUUCAUGGACGUUUUUCAUCAUAGCCGGCCUCAUGAAAGCAUUUGGCGCGGAAACGUCUGCCUAUAUGGAUAUGACCGGAAUUUGUCUCGUGUUCCUGUCAUGCGCAAUUAAUCCUGUUAUUUAUGCCUUCAUGAACAGACUUACUCGUUAUGAGAUUUGGAAAUACUUACGUUCAGGACAGAGGUUCGCGGGUCGAGAAGCAACUGUGCUGGAAAGCGAGGAAUUUUACUCGACGACACUCACCACAAACUUCUCAUCAAGUCGACAUACAUCCGGGACGUUUGUACCCGUCGCCAGAGGGCGCUCUAACAGCAUCAAAGUUGCAUGUGCCAGACACGGAGACAUGCUUACGAUUCACGAAGUCUCCGAAACAGACGAUGAACUAAUAACAAAUUGUGCUUUAAACGAAACCUCACAAAUACAACCCAAAUCGACCGCCACUCGAUUAGGCACACACAACACUAACGAAGUGAUACUUCGACCACCCAAGUUCAGAAAAAUGUCUUUCAGACGUUGCCAUAGCAAUGGUGAUAUGUCAAAAACUGUUUACAAAAAUGUCAAUGGGAAACUAGUUCCAACAUUGAAAAGACAAAAUAAUAACAUUCCGAAGGCUUCUCACCCAAAUGACCAACGAAAGUUUUUAGUGAGAUCUCAAUCAUUUGUUAGUGGUCUUUCAGGCAGCAGUUUGCAGGAUGCUCUCAAGAAGACGAUUAGACUGCAGGCGGCUUUAGCAAUAGGUACUGGCGACAAUGUGUUAACCAAUGGUAAGAAGAGACCUGGGGAGGGCUUCACAGGUCGCCGACAGCGAAAUAUGAUAUCGUCACUGGCGUCAGUUGACGAUCUCUUGUGA